AUGCGAACCUGGUCCUCCACUCUCGCCCUUGGGUGCUUAAUAGCACCAAGCCCGAUUCUUGCCCGUACCAUUGGCACAAGGAAAACAGAUUCUACCCCCUGCGCAACAGAUAGUCGGCAGUUGGUCAACAAUGGAAGUGAAAUUUGGACUUACCAGGCCUACAAGUCGUCCAACAUCACACCGCCGUAUCUGUCGAUCAACCGCACCGGUGAGGAUCUGGCAUUGGGACUACUCUUCAUUAGUCAAGAGGAUUCCGAGGGAGACGGCGUGAAAUCUGUGGCACCGUUCAUCAUUUCCGAUGACAAUGAAUUGGUCUGGGGUGGUCCUACGGGAGAAUCUUCAAAUUUUCGCCAGCAGUACUGGGGAAAGCAGUCUGUUAUCACCUUCUGGACGGGCACUGGCGCAGCUGCGUACGGUGCCGACGUCGGUCGUGGAUGGGGUGAAGUGAAAAUCUAUGAUGAUAGCUACAAAGUGAUUGACUCGGUGUGUUUGCAACUCAACUUGACCAUGCCGACUGGUACGACAACGACUUGCGACGCCGAUGUUCACGAGUCAACAAUCACGGAAGACAACACCAUUCUUUUAACUGCGUACAACACAUCUCAAGCAGAUUUGACAUCGCUAGGCGGACCUAGCGAUGGAUGGGUUUACGACUCCAUUGCCGUUGAGCUUGAUCUUCGCACCAAAGAGCCUGUGUUCAUCUGGAGCCCGCUCGCUCAUGUGGAUGUCAACUUGACUCACUACGAUUACUCCGGAUCCAACCAGACUGACCCCUUCGAUUGGUUCCACAUGAACUCCAUUCAGAAGUGGGGAGACCACUACUUGAUCAACUCCCGGCAUCUGUGGCGUACAUAUUUGGUGAACCGUCAAGGAGACAUUGUCUGGUACAUCGAUGGUCAAGAUGGAGGAGACUUCGGUAGUAUUCCUACUAAUGGAAACUUCUCCUGGCAACAUAUGGCACGACUCCGCAAUACCUCUACUUCCAACGAGGUCUUGCUCAGCUACUUUGCCAACGAUCUCGACUCAUCAACCGCUACCAACCCCUCAAAGGGUACCACUCUCCGCCUGACCCUUCCUCCCAACGCAAAGAACCCUCCCACCCUAGAAACCGACUUCUACGACCACGAAUACCCCGUUUCCUCCGCCGCUGAGGGCUCCUUUACACCACUAGACAACGGAAACACUUUGAUGGGAUACGGCGACGAGCCAUUCAUCAAAGAAUACGGCCCAUCCGGUGAUGUGCGCUGGUCCGCACAAUACGCAGACAAAAACCUAGGCCAGAGCUACAGAGUCUACAAGCAAGAAUGGGCCGCGACGCCGUACUAUCGACCCAGUCUCGUGGUAGCCACCGACUCCUCGAAAGCGGAUACUCUGAGUCAGUGUGCUGGAACAUCAUCGACUCUCCGAGGCUAUGUGAGCUGGAACGGAGCGACCAAUGUUGAGAAAUAUGAGAUCUACGUUGGCGAGAGCGCCAGCAGUCUCAAGUCUCUGGGCGAGGUUGAGAAGAAGGGAUUUGAGACAGAGUUCUCGUUGCCAGCUGGUACCAAUUUUGUGCAGGUUGGUGCUGUACAAUCGGGCCGUGUUGUACGGAAGUCUGAUAUUGUGCGUGUUUAA